AUUGCGUGCACAACCUUUCCAAUUAAGGUGCCGAACCACAUGGUCGCGACUUUGCUUGCUGUACUUUCAUACUUCGCAAAAAUGGCAGACAAGAGAUCCGAACGCACAUUUAUCAUGGUUAAGCCCGAUGGGGUUCAACGGGGCCUUGUGGGUGAAAUUAUGAAGCGUUUUGAGAACCGAGGAUACAAACUUGUCGCCUGUAAAAUGUGCCGGCCAUCGCAGGAGCACCUAGAAGAGCAUUACAGGGACCUGAAGUCUAAGCCUUUCUUCCCUGGUCUCAUUACAUACAUGACCAGUGGACCAGUGGUUUGCAUGGUGUGGGAGGGCAAGGAGGUGGUUAAGAUGGGUCGCAUGAUGCUGGGAGCCACCAACCCCCUUGAGUCCAACCCAGGAACCAUCCGAGGAGACUUCUGCAUCGAUGUCGGCAGGAACAUCUGCCACGGCUCUGACAGUGUGGAGAGUGGAAAGAGGGAGUCUUCCCACUGGUUCAAGGAGGGAGAGAUCCAGGAAUGGAAGCCCGCAGAGUUCGACUGGGUCUAUGAAUAAAUACUACGCACAUAUAUGUGGAACAGUCUAUUUAUAAUUGCAAAUAUGCUCAUGUUUAUACACUCCAAGAAUGGUUGAAUUUCUGUAUAAUUAUUGUUUUUAAGUGCUAAUGCAAGUGCUAAAUUUACUCUCUGUGUUUACGUUUAAUGUUUAAAUUAGUGUUGCCUUCUGAAAAUUAAAACAGUUGAUCUGUUGUUAAAUUAAGAUUGUCCAAAUCUCAAAAUAAAACUGGAACUGAAAA